GGGUGGGCGACGCGCGGGGCUGUGAGGCUCUCUUUCUCCGCUUAGUUCUUCAGAGCGCGAGGACGACGCUGCAGAGGCGGCGAUAUCGCGUCAAAUCCGGGAGAUUUGAAUCGAAAAAGAAGAAGAGACCCCAGACUCAAGCUUUACUGUUUAUUUUCCUUUAACUUUUAUCCAUGAGAUUCUUCAGGCUCACCUUCAAGUGCUUUGUCGACUGCUUUUGAAUCUUCUCCCCCCGCACACCUCUGUCUUUGGCGCGUGUAAAUAUUACCAUCUCUGGCUAUAGCUAGCUGGCCAGCUAAAUAUAGCUAAAGCAUAUUUUUAUAAUAAAAUUGAACAAGGCUAAAAUAAAAAAGACGAAAAAGGAGAGAGAACUGAACAAAGCGCACUUUCUCUACAUUUUAUUACGAUUUUUAUAAAAAAGACUAUCCCCUUUUUUGACCAGAAACAAGAGAAUGUCGCCGGAGGUGGAAGAAGACCACAUUUCAGGGGACAAGAAUAUAGCACAGGUUGAGACAGGUGGGCCAGCUGAGGAGGAUGGCGUGGUCGUACGCCCCCUGGUUGUCAUCCCUGGACUCGAGGAUGCUGAGGGGAGAGGUGGCCCACCAGAAAGAGAGACCUGGACCCGACAAAUGGAUUUCAUCAUGUCAUGUGUGGGCUUUGCUGUGGGACUGGGCAACGUGUGGAGGUUUCCAUACCUAUGCUACAAAAAUGGCGGAGGUGUGUUCCUGAUCCCCUAUAUGCUGAUUGUGUUCAUUGGAGGUAUUCCUGUGUUCUUCCUGGAAAUAGCACUAGGACAGUUCAUGAAACAAGGAGGAAUCUCAGCAUGGAACAUUGUACCCCUUUUCAAAGGUUUAGGCCUGGCCUCCAUGGUGAUAGUGUUCUUCUGUAACACCUAUUACAUCAUGAUCCUGGUGUGGGGUCUUUACUUCCUACUGCACUCCUUCUCGUCACCACUUCCAUGGGCUACCUGUGGACACCCGUGGAACUCACCUAAUUGCACCCAGGACUUCCGCAGGGCCUGUCCCAAUCGUAGUUCCCUUCUCCCCCCUCUCACCAACCUCUCCACCCGCCAGCCUUUGCUGAACCUCUCCUCCCUUCUCCCGGUCAACUUCAGCUGCACAGAGGGGGAGGGCCUGCGCUCUCCUGUCAUCGAAUUCUGGGAGCGGAAGGUGCUCCGAUUGUCGGGGGGUCUGGAUGAGUUGGGAGAAGUCAGUGUUCACAUGGUCCUGUGCCUGGUGGCCACCUGGAUCUUUGUGUACUUCUGUAUCUGGAAGGGAGUCAAGUCCACCGGCAAGGUGGUGUAUUUCACAGCUCUAUUCCCCUACGUGGUGCUGGUGGUGCUGCUGGCCCAUGGCGUCACCCUGCCUGGUGCUCUGGAUGGCAUUGUGUACUAUCUGAAGCCUGACUGGUCAAAGCUGUGGGAGGCCCAGGUAUGGAUUGAUGCUGGAACCCAGAUCUUUUUCUCCUAUGCCAUCGGUCUGGGUGCGCUGACCGCCUUGGGCAGCUAUAACCGCUUUCACAACAACUGCUACCAGGAUACUUUUGUUCUGGCCCUGAUCAACAGUGGGACGAGUUUCUUUGCCGGGUUUGUUGUGUUCUCUGUGCUGGGGUUCAUGGCAGCCGAGCAGGGAGUGGACAUCAGCAAGGUGGCUGAGAGUGGACCAGGCUUGGCCUUCAUUGCAUACCCGAAGGCCGUCACCCUGAUGCCCCUGGCCCCACUCUGGGCAGCUCUAUUCUUCUUCAUGCUGCUGGUGCUUGGCUUGGACAGCCAGUUUGUAGGGGUGGAGGGCUUUAUCACUGGGAUUAUGGACAUGUUUCCUCCUAAUUCGCUGGCAGGUUCUCUACGUCGUGAGGUUGUUGUGGCGAUUUGUUGCAUCACUUGCUUCUUUAUUGACCUUUCCAUGGUAACAGAGGGAGGGAUGUAUGUGUUCCAGCUGUUUGACUACUACUCAGCCAGUGGGAUGACUCUCCUAUGGCAAGCUUUCUGGGAGUGCGUGGUUCUGGCCUGGGUCUAUGGGGCAGACCGCUUCAUGGAUGAUGUGGCCCGGAUGAUUGGCUACCGCCCGCUGCCCUAUAUGAAGUGGUGCUGGUCCUACGUCACACCUCUGGUGUGCGUGGGAAUCUUCCUAUUCCACGUUGUAAACUACAAGCCUCUGACCUACAACUCAAGCUACGUGUACCCAUGGUGGGGAGAGGCCCUAGGCUGGGGGCUGGCACUCUCCUCCAUGCUGUGUAUCCCUGUCACAGUGCUGUACAAGCUGCUGCGCUGCAAGGGCUCCCUGCGAGAGCGCUGGCAACAUCUCACAGCUCCAGUCUGGGGGAGACACCACCUGGAGUACUUCGCACCUGAAUCUGAGGCAAAACUGCUUCCCAUGCCAGGACCAGGCAAGGCCACACUGCUCUUCGAGAGUGUCAUGUGACCAGCCUGCCUGAGCAAAGCUAUGCCCCUCUGACCCCUGCCUCUGCCCAUCAGUGUUAUUGAUCUCUCCCUUCUCACACGCCCCUCUCUUUGUCGACCCUGUCUUGUUAGUGUCCAGCUUCAAUCUGGAGACAUCAUAUUAAAGCUGAAACCCUCAUCGCUGUACACACAUCUACAUAAACACACAGACACUCGCAUACCCAGCCAUUUAGCACACAGGACACCACCUGAGGAAAGUGUGUCAACCACCACACAGACAAAUCCCAGCAUGCCUCAGUGUCCUGCAUUGCUCUUUCUCUUUCUAGGUGUUUCUGUGUUCCUGCAUUUCCUCCCCUUGUUCUGCCUCAGUGCCCUUGUCUUUUUUUUUUUCCCACUGUGACACUGUGGUUUUCUUGUGGUGUACUGUGCCGUAAGGAAAUAGUGCUGCUUCUGUCUCCUGCUCUCUUUCUGGCUGCCAUGUUUACUUGGCCACCCCACCGCAUCCCUGUGAAACAUUGUUUUAAUGUAGGAGGGAAAUGAGUCUGGUUUGGUUGCUUGCACUAUAGCUAAUCUGUAUGAUUUGAAAAUGAAGAACUUGAUCCAAAAAUAUGUUAAAUGGUUAAAAAUGAGUGUCACUAACACCUGUAAUAAAAACCCCAGUCACAAAUUUACUUUUGAUUUAGUACCAAGUGCAGCAGCGAAUCUUGGAGGGGGCCAGUCCUGUUUUCAGCUAUUAGAGGACGCUUGGCUCGAUUUGCACGUUAAACUAAAUAACAGUCAACAUUUUUACCAUUAUUUUGACUUUGAUUAGGUAAUACAUAUAGCCAUAUGAAUAAAAGUCAAGAGAAAUUAAUGAAAUCUAAUCUAUAUCAAUGUAUUGUCAGAAUGCAGAAAGUGGCAGAUUUGGUAAACAUUGUAUUUCAUUAAAUGAUGACUUUAGGGAGUACAUUACAGCUUAAUGAUUUUACAGAAUGUAUUGUUAGUUCUGGUGUAUUACUAAUGGUAUUAGUGUGGGACUUUGUGUUGUGGAAGGAAAAGCAGUAACUCAAAAUUUUGAUUGCUAAAGUGCACAAUGAAGGAGCCUCAUGAAGGUUCAUCAUUUUGCAUCUUGCCAGUAGCACAUCUGAAAGUAGUGGAGCUGAUGACUGAGCUGUCGUGAAUUAUCUAGGCCAAAGAUGUUCGGCUGCGGUCCUGGAGCAGACCUUUGUAUACUGGUUUUUGUUCCACUUGAGCUCUUCAUUGAUCAGUAUUUACUAAGCUGCUGAUUGAAGUUCUCUCUAAAAAUGGUUGCAUUAUCUGCUUUAGUUUAGCAUUUAUUCCAUGUUUUAUUGUAAUAGUGGAAAAAAAUCAGUAUAGCGUGUUUUUGUAUUGUUACUCUAUAAUGAGUAACUACUUCAGUUACUUUCAGCUAAGCAGCCAGUAAUGUAUUUCAGUGUAAAUUGCUAAAAGGCUAAGAACAAUUUACUAACAAUAAACUAAGAGAUUGUCCAAUUCAAACAAGUUUCAAUACUAAGUUACCCUGUUUUACAGAUGUUUUAGGAAUGAACAAAUUAAAAUGUAACAAAAACACCUGUUAAUUCUCUUAGAUCAAUUUGAAUCUAAAAGACAUAUUGCUCAACAUGGCUUGUAGUAUCGUGCACUUCUUUGCAUAUAUUGUUAAACUAGUAAAUGCGUUUGUUUAAAUGGUGACAGGUAUAACAGCUUGCAUUUUGUGUACACUUUUCUGGUGGCAUAAGCCCGUCUUGAUUCUCAUGUUUAAAAUUGCUCUCUCCCUUUUCGUAUCCCUUACUCCAGUACCACUGCAUUCUUUAUCACUGUAUUUGAUCUGAACAGAAUCAGUGCUUGAGCUUAGUUGCCCUGCAAAAUUCCCCAGAGUGAUAUUCUAUAUGGCACUAGCAGUGGGGUUUGGAUCAGAGCACCACUCAGUUAAAAUGACCUAAACCAGACUGAUUUUCUUGGUGCUACCUAGUCAAAUCCAAGGUUACAGCACCUUCUUAUGUGUUCUUAAAAUUGACCUCUUUUGAUGUUGGUAAGAGUAUAAAUGAAGUUAUGCACUUCAGUCGCCAAAAUGUUGGCUCUUAAAACCGAAAUAUUAGAACUAUAUUGCUUAACACCAUUUCUAGCCUUUUGUAGAGUUGUCGUUUGAUAAUUGUCCCUUUGCCAGGUUUUAGUAUGCAUCCUCCAACCUUCUUGCUCUAAGGUUAGAAAUAAAACUGUGCGUGUGCAUGCACUGGUCCGAGUUCCCUUGUAGAAACCCUGUGCUUUCAGGUAGCUGGAACCAGUGGCUUAUUGUGCUUUAAAUACUGUACACACGUCCCUGUGUGUGUGUGUGUGUGUGUGUGUGUGUGUGUGUGUGUG